GAUGAGCAAGGCCGGCCACUCCAAGACGAGGAGCUGUGGGAGGACGUGCACGACGUGAUGGGCGCGGGGCACGAGACCACCGCCACCACCAUCACGGCGGCGCUCUUCCUCAUCUCGCAACACCCUGAAGCCAAGGCCAAGGUGCAAGAGGAGCUGAGAGGCCUCAACGGGCGCAUGCCCUCGUUCCAAGACAUCAACAGCGGUCGCCUGGCAUACACACAGAUGGCCGUCAAGGAGACCCUCCGCAUGUACCCGCCCAUCCCGCUCUUCCCCCGGGAGGUCGCCCACACCGACGUCCUACCCGGGGGCUACGAACUUCCUGGCGGCGAUGUCGUAUUUAUGUCCACCUAUGCCAUGGGGCGCAACCCUGUCUACUGGCCCGAGCCCCUCUCCUUCCGACCGGAGCGCUUCACUCCCGAGGCAGAGGCAGUGCGGCCGCGCUUUGCAUGGGUGCCGUUUGGGGCGGGGCCUCGCAUGUGUCUGGGCGCCAACUUUGCUGUGCUCGCCGUCACUCAAGUUGUCGCCACCCUGCUGCAGCAUUUCGAAUUCGAGGGUAUCAGUCCCAGCGGAAAGGAACUGCCAUUCGCUUACGACAUUACAAUGAACUUUCCAGGUGGCGUAAACAUGCGUGUUCGGCCCCGUGAAACGGAGGCUUGA